CUCCGCUUCACGUUGGAGCAUUCCGCAAGCUUCAGCGCCAGGUGGUAAAAAGGCGGCUAAAUCGUCUUUAUGUCAAGUUUCAUCUCCUGAUACCUCGAGCGAGCCUAAUGGAUUGAUGAACCCGGCACAAACUAGCGAGGAUAAAUCAGAGAAUGUGGCAUCUAAGGAUUAUAGUCUUUUCAGUGAUUCGUCUAUAUGGUAUUCGCCUUUUCAGUCAGGGCUGGAUAUCUCUAUUGAGAGCGACCAAGAGCAUGGAAAACAUAGAUCUAGGUCGAACUCAGGGCCCAGGAUACAGAUUGAUUCUUCUAAUACCCAGAGCAACCCCAAUCUUAGUCAGUUGCUACCUCCCUCCUCAUUUUUUGAAUCAUCGCCAAGAACACCAAGAAUCAUGCCCUUUAAUCAGCAUCAUCAAGAAAACACACUGGACAUCGAAAGAUGGUCAACACGGAGAUCGCCGCCACUAUUAGCAUCAUCUACAGUUUCAAUACAGGAGUCGGAUUACGUGAACCCAAGGGAUUAUUUUAGAGGUAGCCAGAGCGCCAGCAGUAGUAGGAGAGCAUCGAUUGAAAAUAACUUGACGGAGUCAUUGUUGUGCGGGAGAUCAAGAAUGUUUGCCUCGUCUCCUCCUAGUUCGUCAAUUUCACGUCCAUUGCCUCUAUCAGAAGAAAAUAAUGGACUGAUCUCAGGGUCGAUAUUUCUUCCACCUCAGUUUAACUCCUCAGCAACCCCUGCUGCUUCCACUGUUUUUGCAUCCAAUCCAGUUGCGUCGACUCCAUCAGUCAUAAAUCACUCUAUACGGACAGAAAACAGGUUCUCUGAUCCGAUCGAGCCCCAAUUUCCGGCGUUCAUGAACCCUUGGGAAACAAACUACUCAUACCAAACGGAACCGACUACAUCAGAGGCUUUCCUCGCUUUCGGAUCCUCAUCGACACUGAGUACUGUGGACCAUGCUACUGAUCGUGACCGGCACUCUAGUCUUCUCAGAGUUAUGAAUGCGGACAACAGGAUUGGUUCAAACGGGAGUAGUGAGGGGUUACAUCAUAUGCAAGACAAGGAAAUCGAGAGAGAGGCUAUCCGUCAAGGGUUUUUUUUCCCCAGCCUUGCUCAUCAUUCAAAUGCUUCAUUAUCAUCCGCCGAUACAACAAGCUUUCAUCCGUAUGCUUCAAUUGAAAUGUCUUUAGCCGCAGCAGCAAAUCAGCCACCGCCUCUCUUUAAGGAGCUGCAAUACAAUUUUGUGGAGUUGACAAUACAAGAUGUUAUGAAAAAUCAAGUUGCAACAGAGGAAAGCAAUCAGAUCCAAUCAUCUCCGAUAGAAAUCAAUGAAAAAAAGCCCAAGGACAGACAUCGACAUGGGAGAUCUCGCUCAGGACACCACAAAUCAGCCUCUCUAGGCUCAUUUUUUUCAUCCGGUCCGUCUGCCACAGACGUACCAGACAGUGGAACCGUUGAUGUUCAAUCGAAUACUAGAGGAACCUCUUCAUCGAAUCGUACCAUACAUAAUGGCGGACUGACUAUACAUUCCAGGCAAGGGCGUUAUCAAGGGCAUGGAACUGGAAAGGAUUUUGACGGAGCAUCGACCAUAUCUGGGCGUCAUCGUACUGUGACUGACCAAGAAACCCGACAUAAAAACGUUAGUAAACAACAGCACUUUGAUUCUAACAGCUUAAAGCGAUCAUUAAAAAAGGAUCAUCACUUUUAGAAUAGAUAUGCUGUUACACUUUUUCAUUCCCCUUUCUAGAUUUAUUAAAAUAAAAGCGAUGGCCUUUUUUAUUUCUUCUUUUACAUGGUACAAAGAUAUACAAAUACAGUAGUAUUAUGAUUAAUUGGCUUCCACAGAUUGACGAAGUGCUCAUGAACAAGCUUAGUUAUCUGCAAA